AUGUUGUUCCUUUCUCAUAACUCUACAUCAAUCAAGAAAUUCUUGAAAGGAGUUAAUGAACUUGAUAUUUCAAGAUUAGUUGUUUUAAUUCAAGAUUUAAUCAACAGAAUCAAUGAGGGACAAGCAAAAGUUACUAAUCUAGGCGAUAUUUGUCUCCCUUCUAGUAUUAACAAAUCAGAAAUUAAUGCUUUAAUGGCAAAUGCAGCAACAAAAUUGAUGGACGAAUUACAAAAUCCUUCAACUGAAAAAUCUCUCAAUGAAGAAAUUGAGAAAUUACGUCAUUUUUCAAGUCAUUUAAUGGAAUGCGACAAUACAAAUUGCAAGGAGCAAUUGACAUCAUUGCUGUCUAUUGCACCCCAAGUUGUUGCUCAUCUUUCUGCAUUGGAUAAUAGAUCAUCAUUGAAUCCGUCAAAGAUCAUGGAACUUUGUCAAUUAAUUUCAAAUGCAACAACAGAUAAAAGCAAAAGCAAAGAGUUUAAAGAAGGAACAAUGAAUUUAUAUGAACUUAUAAAUUCUAUUUGUCAAACAUUGCAAGCAUUUGAUGAUCAAGACCCAUAUAAAUCUGCAUCAAAAUUGUAUUAA